AUGUCCUCGCCAUCUAAUAACCGACGGGUCUCCCAUCCUGCAUACGUUUCGUCUUGCUGGGAAAUCUCAGGCAUUGUCGCGAGUACCCUUUCUGCCAACGUGGGCUACCGUGUGGCGAACAGCGGAAUCGGUUGUAGCGGAAUCGAGGGUAAUGAACCCUUCGAGCACCCUGUCCAACUCACGGCGUACACUGGCUCUGGCGUCGUUGUCACUGUCGGUGAUAUGUACUUCGCGAAGGCCAAGUUUUUUGCCCCCAAUGACUUAACGCCUACGAGCGCUGUGCACGAACAUAGCCAUGUCGUCCAUUUGGGCAAUGCAGAGACUUUCCCCGGCGCACUCAUCAACAAUACGGCAAUCUCUGCGAUCGGUAUCAUCGUCAGCAAAAGAGUCGUCCAAGAAGCCAAUCACGAAGGUCGGCCUACUACUGUCUGCAUUGUUCGCCAUACUGACUAUAAUCCAGUCGUGGGUGCUAAUGUCGAGUUCAAUAUUGAAUAUUGGUGUCGGCCCGUUCGGAACUUAACAAAGGCCCAAAAUCUUUUCCAGCGUGGCCGUGAGGUGACCUUAUUCGGGUACAUCACUGGAAAAGAUGUUCAAAGGCAUAUGUGGCAGGUCGACGUCUAUGCCGUGUCUGUCGCCACGGGACAUGAAUCAUUGAGUACUCCUACUGCUGGUACCAGCACUGCCGUUUCACAAACUACCGCCGCCGGACGAGUCCGCCUCCCACGUUAUUCGGCGGCAGUCGGAAACAAUUCUCCUGCGUCGUCCAUCAACUCACCCGCGCCCUAG